AUGAUCGAUCUCGUCAUGGGAGCCUUCCCGUCGCUGAACCCAGCUUCGAUCGCCAUGGAUUUCGAGAUGGCUGUCUUCAACGCUUUCAUCGCGGCUUUCCCGAAUGCCGAAAUUCACGGUUGCUUAUUCCAUUUGUUCAAAAGUGUGGUCUUGUAUAACUGUGACAUCUUGGAGGCGAUGGCGCUUUCGCUCCAAUGCUACGUUCACUCUGAUCGACUGGAUUUAGCCACAAAUGAAAUGAAGCGAAUGGUGGCGAAGGACGAAGAUGCAUCACUGACCCAGUUGUGCUCGGGCUUGCUGUAUUUAGCUCUAGGCGGCGAUAAUCUCGAGGAGGCAUUUUACAUAUUCACGGAAAUGGCAGAGAAGAAUACCAAAACUCCACUUUUGUCCGUUGGUCUCGCUAGUGUUCUAAUCGCUCAAGGAAAAUUCGAAGAAGCUGACUCUGUCCUGGCUGAAUCAUUGGAGAAGGAUCCGAAUCAUCUCGAGACGGUCAUCAAUCAAGUUGUCGUUUCUCAGUUCCUCGGAAAGAGCUCCGAGGUUUGCACCAGACUCCUGUCGCAGCUGAAAAACUCCAAUCAGAGUCAUCCUUUCAUCCUCGAUUACCAAUUGAAGGAGCAACUAUUCCAAACAUUAUGUCGGUCAUUUGCGAAUUGA